CUAUGAUAUACUUACAUCAUGGAAACCUUCGAAUAUCUUGAAAUUUCUAGUAUGUAUGCUAUAAAUGCACAUGCCCUAUGACUUAAAUAGCAGACGCCACUCGCCAGCUAAAAAAUGGCGGAUUGUGAAAAGGAGGAGGCGCACAAUCUUCAAAUGGAGUUUGAGUGGGUGCUCCAUGAAGAGGUGCACUCCUCGUUAUCUCAACUUCGAAAUAUCCUAAUGGAAUGUGCUCAGCGUUUUCCAUUAGCUCUCUUUGGUAACGAUCAACAUAACAAAACUGACAGAUUUGUUUUUACUGCUCCUCACGAUCAAGUCAAAUGUGUUGCUGUAUUAACAGGCGAUAGUAUCACAAAUGCGGAAGUAAAUUUUAAAGUACAACGACAACAGAAUGUUCAUAUGAGAACAAGUAUUCAGAGUGAACAUCCAUGGAAAUUGCAACAAAUUCAGGAUGCUGCUAAUCACUUGCAGCAGGGAAUAGCACACAUAGAUAAUGUGGAUAGACACUAUCUCUUCAAAACAUCCGAUGAAGUUAUGCAUGUGUUAGGUAACAUUUUGGGUUGUCUUCAGAGGAGUAGGACCAGUUUAAUCGUUCCUAGAAAGAAGACAAUUGAUGAUCUCAUAAAAAGUCGAAAUAUGAAUUUUUUACGUUUACAGAAAUCUCUUAAUCCAAACCUUCCAGAGAAUUUGGCUAUUAGUUUUUAUAUUCAGAGCUAUAAACUGGUGCUGGCUAUCUAUCAGUUAGAAAACGCUCACGGCAGUGUCAAGUACGAAACACAACAGGCUGAAUGUAGUGUCCCGUGGCUGAAUGACGCCCUCGUGUUGCUUACUAUCGCUUUGCAACUUUGUCAACGACUGAAAGAUAAGAUAUGCGUCUUCUCUCAAUAUAAGGACUUCACAGUGGGUUCUCGUGUUCCUUCCGCAAUAGGCUGGUAAUAGAAAUACUAAGAAAAUUCAUAUAGAUGUAACUUUAUACACUAAACAAGAUGCAAGGGAUUGAACGAUUGAACGAUAAUGUAACUUAAAACGAAAAACGUUUCUACAAGUUAAAAGUUCUUAAAUAAUUUUCUUUUAUACAAAUUUACAGUUUUAUUCAAUCCCUGAAUGCAAGUGAAGAAAUUUGGCCUCAACUGAUAAUACACAUGUAUGUGUAUAUAUAUAUACACAUAUAUACACACACACACACACACUUGUUCUGGCCUUUGUUUUUAUUAAUUGUUGUCUCUCUUUACUAACUCGUUACACUAGGAUAUUAUUCUAGAGUUUCUAGACAUUAUAUAUGCGCCUAGUAGAACAAUAAGUAUAUAUAGUAAAGCAUAAUAAUAUAUGUAUGGUGUGUAUAUUAUGUAAUAUUACACAUUAGCUACAUCUGAUAAAAAGUUUGCAUCGUAAGCCGCCAAUCGAUAUUAAGUCAUCAUCAUAUCAUAAUGAAUCAAGAAUGAGAGACUUUAGAACUGUUUUUGCCAAUUACUAGUGUGCCUAUCAUCGUGUUAUAUUGUGUUCCUCAUCUUUCUUUUGGUGGUUUACAUGAUUGUGCAAAUUUUCUAAUUGACAUACAUAUAAAUGUGUCGUUUACAAUUUCGUUAAAUAUUUAUGUAAGUCUAGAAAAUUUAUACCAUGAUCCUCUCCUUACUGAUUAGAAUUUUGUCUUCAAUUUUACUUUUAUCUUUUUUGAUUGUAUCGAUUAUUCGUGAUUUUUGCGUAUAUUCUUCGUGUACAAUCAUUUUUAUCUUUUUUAAUUUCACAAUAUUAUUCGCAUAAUAUCGCAAAAAAUUGUUCAAAAACUAUACCAAAUAUAAAAUAAUACUAAAUGUAAAAACUUCUCAACGCAAUAACUUCCUAUCUUCUUGCUAACAAGAAAGCGUGCUACCUUUAAAAAAACAAUUAUAUUGCGUGUAGAUAUAUAGAAACGUAAUUUAUUUAUCAAGUAUUACUUAAAAAUACUAAGACAUUACGUGCCUCAUAAUUAUGAAUUUGGAUAAAGUAACGUCACUAGUACACUUUUUGUAAUCGAUGUUUUUAAUUAUUAAUAUAAGACAGUUAUUGAAGAAACUAACACUUAGAAAUUAUAAAAAUUAUACAUAUUUAAUAAAAUAAAUAAAAAAAUAUUGCCAAAGAGAAUGUUGUUCUAGAUUUAUUAACAGUGAGGAAAGGAUUAAUAUUUGUAAUUAAAUUGUUGAAAUAUAUAAUAAGUAAAGUGAUUCAGUAAGUCAGAGAUACGUAGAAAAAAUAAAUAAAUAAAUUCCCGAAGUUUUCCUAAUAGCUUAAAGUGAUUUUAAGAUUAUCAAAGUUGUUGUUCCAAAAACACGGAUACACAGCAGUUACAGUUACUCCGAAAAAUUUAAUGCACAGAUUUCUGCAUAUUAUUGCUUGAAAAAAGAUGUAUUUGUGACUGUAACAUCUGUAUUCAAUAGUUCAACUAUUAUUUUUGUAAAAAUAAUUUUCUCUUACAUUAAAAGAAUAUAUAUAUAUUACAAAAAUACACA